CGUUGCGUUGCCGUGCGUGGUCUCGCCGCCUCCGCGCACGUCCGCUCGCUUCCUGACUUGGUCCGGAAGCCUUCCACGCCUGCCCCCUCCCCGUUUCCAUGGCGUCCAGGGAUCUCCGGCGCCUGCUCAACGGCGCCGCCCUCGUGGCCCGCGAGGCCACGCGGGGCACCUCCUUGCGCGACGUCCUCCGGUUCGCGCUCCUCGCCGCCACCGACCUCGCCGGCCUCACCAGGGGCACCCCGCGCCGCCCGCAGCCCCCUCCCGGCGCUGGACCCCUCCCCGCCGCCGACUCCUCCCGCCCUUCCUCCGUCGUCUACUUCUCCCACGACGACGCCUCCGCCGCUGCCCGGCCACAAUAUCUCCCAUUGGAGCAGCGGUCGCAGCCCCCGCCGGCGCAAGAAUCCCCCAGCCACCCCGCGCGGACGCAGGAGAUCAACAGCACAGUUACAACCGCCGCAGUUGCUGCUGAACCUGACGCCGGUGUGGCGGCCAGGUCCGAACCCGUGGAGGGUCGUCCUGAGCCAUCGCCUUCGCCCUCACCGGCGCCGGUGGAGAAGAGACGGCGACCGCGGGAGCGGAGGGUGCCCUCCACGCCCUUCACAAGAGCCCUCGGGUUUGCAGGUCUGGGCGCUGGGCUCGCGUGGGGCACUCUUCAGGAGUCGGCCCGCCGGGUGAUGUAUGGCACGCCGGUGGAUACAGAGGGCAAGCGGUCAGCGCUCUCACCGUUCUUGUCCGACCAGAACGCUGAGCGUGUUGCCCUCGCGCUGUGCAGGAUGAGGGGAGCAGCGCUUAAGGUUGGGCAGAUGCUGAGCAUCCAGGACGAAUCCCUAGUGCCCCCACCGGUGUUGGCAGCCCUUGAUAUUGUUCGACAAGGUGCUGAUGUUAUGCCAAGGAAGCAGCUAACUUCAGUCCUCAAUGCGGAGCUAGGCCCCGACUGGUCCUCCAAAUUGAGGAGUUUUGACUAUGAACCACUUGCUGCAGCGAGCAUUGGACAGGUCCAUCGGGCAGUUUUGAAGGAUGGAUCAGAUGUUGUCAUGAAAAUACAAUACCCAGGGGUUGCAGAUAGUAUAGAAAGUGAUAUUGAGAAUGUUAGGUUACUCCUAACUUACACAAAUCUUAUCCCUAAAGGCCUUUUUCUUGAUAGAGCUAUGAAGGUGGCAAAGCUGGAGCUAGCAAGGGAAUGUGAUUAUGUGUUAGAAGCAAAUAACCAGAAGCGUUACAAAGAAUUGCUAGCUGAUACUGAUGGCUUUUAUGUUCCUAAGGUCAUUGAUGAAUUGUCAAGUAAGAAAGUGCUGACAUCGGAAUUUGUUCCAGGAGUUUCUAUUGAUAAGGUGGCAUUGUUAAGCCAGGAAACCCGCAAUUAUGUCGGCUGUAAACUGCUUGAGCUUACAAUAAAGGAGUUGUUUGUCUUCCGAUUUAUGCAGACUGAUCCAAAUUGGAGUAAUUUCCUUUACGAUGACGCUACGAAGCAAUUCAAUCUGAUUGAUUUUGGUGCAGCCCGAGAUUUCCCAAGAAUAUUUGUAGAUGAUUACCUACUUAUGGUAGUUGCAUGUGCAAAUAGGAAUCGUGAGGGUGUUUUAGAAAUGUCCCGCAGACUUGGAUUCCUUACAGGUGAGGAAUCAGAAGUCAUGCUGGAUGCACACGUCCAAGCGGCUUUCAUUGUCGGUGUACCAUUCUCGAGACCAGGUGGUCAUGAUUUUCGUGCGAACAAUAUCACACAUAGUGUUUCCAACCUUGGAGCGACCAUGUUGAAGCACAGACUGACCCCACCACCAGAUGAAGUUUACAGCCUCCAUAGAAAGCUUUCAGGUGCAUUCCUGGCUUGCAUCAAGAUUGGGGCAGUUGUCCCUUGCAGAGAAAUUCUGUUCCAGGUUUAUGAGCAAUACAAUUUCAGCGACGAUCGUUCAGAAGUUUUGUCUAGUGCUGGAUAGCCACACGGAAGCAGUACUCCAUUUACCAUUCCUUCGGGGAAUACUCGAAUAGUUACAGGUCGGCUGCAGCUCAUUUUUCCAAGAGCUUGGCAAUCGCUGUUCGUUCAAAUUUUGUCCCAAAAAAAGAUUCGAGAACUUGUAUUCUUGGGUUGGAAGGUGACGGGAUUUUGUUUGGAUGAGCUUAUGCAGGAGAUUGUACAAUGUGCUCAGAUAUGCUUGAGCCUUUCACCGGAAAGUGAUGGGGUUCUUUGUAGUUUAUAUCUUAGUGGAAGGAAUAGGGAAAUCAGAACAAUGAUUCUGUUUGUUAGCUCACCACUGAUAAACCUUGGUAAGCAUGUUUCACAAGAUUAUUGUUGUAACUUGUACCUUCGUUUUUCUAAUAGUUGAGGCAUGAGGAUUUUGCCUGAUGUGUAAUAAUACUGAGCAAUCGAACAUACGCAGAGCUGAUGCGGGUCUGCCUUGAAAGCUGUCUCACAAUACGAAACUGUAUAGUUUAUGUUCUGUAAA